AUGGCGCCGCCGCUGGGUCAAAUUACGUCCGAACUACAAAUUCAAUACCCAAAGAGCAUCUAUUUGUUGCGUGGCAUUCAUGAACUCGUCCGAAUCAACAAGAAUGUUGAAGAACAAGAGAUCAACAAGAAUGUUGAAGAACAAGAGAUCAACAAGAAAGAAAUGGCUUCUAUGACGGUUGCCUUCAAUUGUACCAACGAGGAUUGGAUGGGGAUCUCGUUUGAACAAUUUUUCAGAUGUGUUACGAGGAAACGCGAUGGAGCAACAAAGCACAGCAACAAAGUGUCUGUGCAUUGUUGCUGUGCACAACAAAGUGCACAGCAACAAUCUUCUCGACGCCGUCUUCCUGUGUAUCGAAAUGCUGGCUGUGUACUGAAAAUUAGCGAACAACUCGUGGCUUUCUUCCCUAGAAAUGAAUCAACACGUAAACGUUUGGAGAAAACAAAUCGAUUGUGGGAUUCGUCAUUCAAGCAAACAAUCUCUGUGAAAUCCGGUGGCCCUCUGAUUCGACCUUGU